AUGACAAAUAAUCAUGGCAACUUGAACAUCAAUUAUUGCGCCGCAAUUCUAUUGAAAAGUGUUCGUGAAAAUCCAGUUUGUGAGAUUUCAAAGGCAAGAGAGAUUGUGACCGCGCAAAUAGGAUAUGAGAUAUCCUACAUGAAGGCAUGGUACACUUUGAAGCCAUGCAGAGAAAAUGUAUAUGGAACAUGGGAGAGUUCGGUCCAGAGGUUGCCAAAAUUUAUGAAAGCACUGCAACAAAGGAAUCCAGGCACAGCUGUUGAGUGGGAACAUCACGCGACAAAUCAUCCAUCGAAAUUCAUAAUCAAAUACGUCUUUUGGGCCUUCAAGCCGUGUAUUGAUGGUUUCAAAUACUGUCGUCGGGUGAUCAGCGUCGAUGGAACUCAUUUGUACACUAAGUACAAACAUAAGAUGUUGCUUGCUGUGUGUUUGGAUGCGAAUCAACAAGUUUUACCACUUGCGUAUGCAAUUGUUGAUGAAGAGACCGCAAGUGCAUGGAAGUGGUUUUUCAAAUGCAUUGACAAACAUUUACUUUCGGGCAUAUCAGAUGGUAUUUGUAUAAUUUCGGAUUGA